CUGGCUGGAUCCAGAUCUGUUUAACCCUUCACAACCCCACCCCCUCCAUGCCCCCGGGACUCAUGAAUGCGAGCCUCUAUGAGACAGGGCAUGGUAGUAUGUGUCUUUGCGUGUGAGCGUCUGGACGAGUCCGUGAUCAGUUUCAGGACCUCCACGAGCGGGAGUAUGUUUGUAAAGUUCAGGGCGAGCGGGGAGAGCGUCUGAUCGGCCAACUAGCGACACAGGCCAUGGCACUAUUUCGAGUGAAAAGAAAAGGGCUGCGUUGCUUGGGGCCCAAUGUGUACCCAGAGGCCCCUGAUGGAGGCUGGGGGUGGGUGGUUGCCUUCGCCUUCUUCAUGGUGGGAGUUUUCACCUAUGGCACCAUCAAAAUCUUUGGCAUCUUUCUCCAGAAGCUGAUGGAGGAGUUUGAAGAGAGCAACAGUCGGGUCUCUUGGAUUGUUUCAAUCUGUGUGUUUGUCAUGACCUUCAAUGCUCCCCUCUCUACUGUGAUGACUAACCGCUUUGGGUUCCAGCUUGUUGUUAUGUUGGGAGGAUUCCUUAUUUCUCUUGGUACUAUUGCCACCAGCUUUACCUCCUCCAUCACCCAAAUGUACAUCACCUAUGGAGUAGUUGCAGGUAUUGGCUACUGUCUGACCUUCCUGCCAACUGUGACUAUCCUUUCCCAGUACUUUAACCGCAGACGGUCUCUGGUCACAGCUGUGGCUUCCACUGGAGAGGCCCUGGCAAUUUUUGUCCUGGCACCAGCCUUUUCAGCACUGAGGGACCAUGUUGGCUGGCGAAAAACCAUGGUAGUGAUGGGAGGCCUUCAGGGAACCAUCAUCAUCUUUGGUGCUCUUCUCCGGCCAAUUGUUAUCAAACCCAGAGAGGACCUUAAAGCAGAGACCGACACAUCAUCCCAAAAGGAACUGGAAGCCCUCAGUACUCAGGAGAAUGUAGAGGGCACAAACCCAGAGAACAAUACCUCACAUGAACAAACUACCUCCAAAAGUCAGGACAAUGACCUCAUCAGAGGCUCUGUGAGCACCGGGGACUCUAGUGUCCAGCCUCUAAAGGAUGCAGAACACAGCAGUCCAGAGGAGAAGAGUUUACUGGCCAAAGAAGACGCAUCAGUGGAAAACAACUGCCAUGAUGCAGAGAAACAGUUGGUAAAUGAUGAAAAGAAACCGGGUGAUCAAAAGGUAUCUUUAAAGAAGACAAAACUUCUGGAUUUUUCAGUCCUCAGAGAGUGCAGCUUUAUUUUCUAUUCUCUGUUUGGACUGUUUGUCACGCUUGGCUUCUUUGCCCCUCAACUCUACAUCAUUGAGCUGAGUGUGACUCGAGGCGUGGAGCGGGACCGUGCCACCUACAUGCUCUCUACCAUGGCCGUGGCUGAAAUCUUUGGCCGAUUAAGCAUCGGAUGGAUCCUGACACGGGAGCGUCUCAGGGCGCAUAAGCUAUAUGUACUUCUGGUGUGUGUCAUUUUAUUGACUGCUGAUCUGGUUGGAUUUACCUUGGUUAAAGAGUACUAUGGCCUGGCUGUGUGCUGUGCAAUUUAUGGGUUCUUUUUGGGAACUCUAACAAGCACACACAUCCCCAUGCUGGCUGAGGAUGAUGUGGUGGGCAUAGAGAGGAUGUCUUCGGCUGCUGGUGUUUAUGUAUUCAUUCAAAGCUUUGCUGGGCUGGCUGGACCCCCUCUCGGAGGUAUGCUGGUGGACAUGACUCAGAACUAUGGAUCAGCCUUCUACUCCUGUGCAGCUGGCAUGGGAAUCGGCGCCCUGUUUCUGGGUUUGGUAAAACCUGCUAAGAAAGGAUUACUAUGUAGAAGGUACUCAAAAUGCCCUGAAGACAAACAUGAAGGAAACAAGGAAUCGGAGGAGCAGGAUGCAGCACAAACAUCAGACAGAAGACCUGACAGUUUAGAGGAUUGCACUGAAGUAGACAAGAUCUCGAUCCACCAACAAGAAGGGGCCACAAAAGAUGACCCGAAGGUUAUAAGCUUUGCUUGAGCAUAUCACACAGUAUAAGGGUCAAAAUGUAUUUAAACACUACUACUGGAAAGUAGUAGUAUGGCAUUAAUUCCCUUAAAAGAAAGACCAACAUUAAGUGUUUCUAAUAUGCAUUGAGAGAAACCAUGAGAAGUUAUAGGUCACAAUAUGUUGAAGAAAUUGUGCCUUACAUAUCUAACGUACCAAACAGUCCGUCAAGAGUCAGUGUUAUAAAAUUAAUACAUUCGAAGCUUUAAUUGAGAACAUUCUUUACUCUAGUCUUGUUUGUAGGAGCAGUAGUGAGAUGUUGGGGGGUGAAUAUGGAUAUGUUCUUUAUUGACCACAAGUGAUCCACUGUCAACAGAGCUGCUUUGGUUUUAGCUAUUCCAGAAUAUAACACUGACACUUGAUCAACUAAUUACCUUCUGGGCAUCAAUACUGUAAUGAUCAGCAGAAACUAUGAUGCAAAUGUAGCCGCAAGAACUACAAAUCACACAAAUGAUGUAACACAUGUUACAGAAAUUAGAAGCUCAGGUGAUCACACGUGAUUGAAAGUAUAUUUUUUUCAUGAAGCUUUUGUUAUACAGACAGUGCAUUAUUCUUUGUUAUCAGAUGUCAGACUCAAACUAUUUUUGUAAUAAAAAUAUUCAAUCACAAUUAAAAGAGUGACAUGAACCUUUAAAAGAGUGCCAUGCGUU